AUUGUCCUUUUUGGGACCCGGCCGAGCGGUACUUUGGUCUCGUUUCAAUGCAGCUGGCUUGAUGACUGCCUUUUGUCAGAAACGGUUGACCCCCUGACAGCUUUAUCUCCGGCUCCAUCUGAACACUUGAGCGUUGAUGACAGGAUCUCAGUCAUAAGGUAUGGGGUCGAAGCCUGCCAGUUUGCAGAUUUUGUCCGAUGCCCAAUAAUCGCAUGGAGCACUUCCAAGACUAAGCAGUGGCCAUUCAGCGGGUUUGCAGCCCCAGAAAUCCUGAGUCUUGAAGCGGGAGAUGUGCCAGAGUGCUUAAUAGGAGGCACAGUUUGCGUGCCGAGCCUAUGUACCCCUGGAAGAUCUCAAGGGAUGCCCAAUCACCUCGUCAAGACCCCGGAAUGGGCCGCAUGAACCUUACGCCCCAAUUAUUCCCUUACCAUCCUUUUCCAGGCCUCGACCAGGCCGACUACCGUACCAGGUUGUGGACGAGUGGGCCAUAACGGCCUGAACCGCCUGCUACCAAGACAGCUCCGCAAGUCCUGGGUUUCAUGUUACACCGUUGCAUGUUUUCUGAAGAAGUCACUGUGGGGACGGCGUGGCAUACACCGGAGGUGACCACUUGGGAAGAUGCCCUGACCUGGCCUUGUGGACUUUGCCAUGUCGAAGCAGGGGUAGCAUGGAUCCCAUGUGGUUUGUUGCUAUCACAGUGCACCCUCUCGUGCUCCUAACUGGUCACUUCAUGGCACCGCUUCAUUUACUCCAGACCCAGAUGUCAGGUUCUAGAUGGCCGACAGGAAUCUUUAUAUAAGUUGAGCCUCUCUUCCUGUGUUUCGGUCUUGAGAGGCUAGGGUCUAGGUCUUCAACCACAUUCCUUUUCCAAGACACCUUCACAUUCCUUGGAUUUUGAGACACUCCUUUGCAAACAUUUGAGCUUUUCAUCUUGGCGACCGCUUGUACAUACUUAUUCUUCUUAUCACUCCUUUUUUUUUUGUUGAGCUCUCUCACCAUGCAUCUUUCUUCCUAUCUUGCCCUUCCUCUUUUGCCCCUGUUGGCAUCUGCUUAUCAACCUCCCUCUUACGCGGGCUACUCUCUCCUCUGGGCUGACACUUUUUCCGGUUCCUCGGCCACCCUCCCGUCCUCUUCAAACUGGGACAUCAUCAACCGAAACAUUGGCGUCAACAAUGAGCUCCAGACAUACCGCGCCGACCCCAGGCAAAUCCAGCUUUCUGGUGGCCAGACUCUUCAAAUUGUCCCCUGGCGCGACAGCCAGCUUCAAUGGACAUCUGGCAGAAUAGAGUCGAGGUACACCUUCACCCCGGGCGCAGGGAGAAGGACGUUGGUAGAGGCCGAGAUUAGAUUUGGAGGGAAUGACAUCUCUCAGAAGCAGGGGAUCUGGCCUGCGUUUUGGCUGCUGGGUCAAAGCAUCCGGACCGGGACUGGCUGGCCGGCAUGUGGCGAGGUGGACAUCAUGGAGACGGUCAAUGGGUUGUUGACGGGGUAUGGGACAAUUCACUGCCAUGUCUAUCCAGGGGGCGCUUGCAACGAGCCCACCGGUCGAGGGGGGGCCAUCAAUAUCCCCAACCAAGGCUGGCAAAAGUGGCGGGUCAUCUUUGACAGGACCUCUUCCGAUUGGAGAAGCGAGCACAUAACUUGGUACAUGAACGGGCAGCAGUUCCACCAGGUCAGGGGCGAUCAGAUCAACGAUGCUGGUGUGUGGGCGAGCUUGGCCCAGAAACCGCUCUUCUUCAUUCUCAACGUGGCUGUAGGAGGUGACUGGCCAGGGUACCCCAACGGAAACACGGCCGACGGUUACGGCUCGAUGAUGGAGGUGGGAUAUGUCGCUCACUAUUCCACAUGAUCAUGGCAACAGGAGCAGCUUUUUUGAGAAGUCAAGGUCAUUCGUUAGAUCUUCGUGUACAUACCUACUUGACAUCUUUUCGCCUUCUCUCUUCCUUGUAUAUACUUUUCAUCUCAGCCCAUCACUCGCUCUGGGCUGAAGACAUUAUGAUACCUAUAAUCUAGC